UGUUUCAUUUUAUUUUCCGGGCUAACCAAAACGGGGUAUGUUUCAUAUUGUGGCCAAUCACAGCGCGUCACUGAAAACUCCGCCUUUCACAGUAGCACAGACGGAUACGCCGAACACACUUCCGUGUUCCGACAAGACAAAAGUGAUGGCUUAAGGUCGCGUGUGUCUGUGGGCUCGUAAACUGAACAUUCACUGCAUUAGUUUGCCGGUUGGUCCUUUGAAAUGACAUACCGGUGUUUUUCAACCAUGUCUUCCCUUUUAACGUAUUAAAAUUUAACAGCAUGAGCAAGCCUUGCUACUUUCGGCUUCGACAAUUACAGGGCCACCUUAACAGACCGAUGUCAGCUUUCAGGCAGCUCUUUUUUUUGCAUUGACGUCAAGCACAUACAGCACAAAACAGAGGCUUUCUUCAUAUUUCCUAUGCUCGAGUCACAAUAUGGACCGAUAAGUAGACGGUGAUAGGAUUUUAAAGCCUUCUGACUGCGACAGCUCUUCAUUCAUCUCCCCUUACCUCCUGGAACACACUGUCUUCAAGGAUAACUGCAAAACAACCACCGUUGCCAAGAGUGCGGCCCAGGCACGAGCCCACGACCGCAACGUCAGGCACCAUGAUGGAGGGGGGCAUGCAGCUGCUCAACCGUGAUGGCCACAGCAUCUCGCACAACUCAAAGCGCCACUACCACGACUCCUUCGUGUCCAUGAACCGGAUGCGACAGCGUGGCUUGCUAUGCGACAUCGUCCUUCAUGUCUCCAACAAAGAAAUCAAGGCGCACAAAGUGGUGCUGGCGUCCUGCAGUCCAUACUUCCACGCUAUGUUUACCAAUGAGAUGUCUGAGAGCCGUCAGACCCACGUGACCCUUCACGACAUUGACCCUCAGGCUUUGGAGCAGCUGGUCCAGUAUGCCUACACAGCAGAGAUUGUGGUCGGGGAAGGAAAUGUGCAGACACUGCUCCCAGCAGCGAGCCUGUUGCAGCUCAAUGGGGUGCGGGACGCCUGCUGUAAGUUCCUCCUCAGCCAGCUGGACCCCUCAAACUGCCUGGGCAUCCGAGGCUUCGCUGACACACACUCCUGCAGCGACCUGCUCAAGUCAGCACACAAGUAUGUCCUGCAGCACUUUGUGGAGGUGUCCAAGACUGAGGAGUUCAUGCUGCUGCCACUGAAACAGGUCCUAGAUUUGAUUUCCAGUGACAAUCUCAAUGUGCCAUCUGAAGAGGAAGUGUACCGAGCCGUGUUGAGUUGGGUAAAACAUGAUAUAGAUGGACGCAGGCAACAUGUACCUUGGCUGAUGAAGUGCGUGCGGCUGCCAUUGUUGAGGCGAGACUUUCUGAUGAGCAACGUAGACACGGAGCUGCUGGUGCGUCACCACUCGGAGUGCAAAGACCUGCUAAUCGAGGCCCUAAAGUAUCACCUGAUGCCGGAGCAGAGGGGUGUCCUAAGCAACAGCCGGACGCGCCCACGACGCUGCGAAGGCGCCAGCCCUGUGCUCUUCGCCGUUGGUCAGUGUGCAUCUGAAGGUGGUGGCAGCUUGUUUGCCAUCCACGGAGACUGCGAGGCGUACGACACCAGAACAGACCGCUGGCACAUGGUGGCGUCCAUGUCCACUCGGCGGGCACGGGUGGGCGUGGCAGCAAUUGGGAACAGACUAUACGCUGUUGGAGGCUAUGACGGCACCUCUGACCUUGCAACCGUGGAGUCCUAUGACCCUAUCACUAACUCCUGGCAACCUGAGGUUUCCAUGGGAACACGACGGAGCUGUCUAGGCGUAGCUGUCCUGCAUGGCCUGCUGUACGCUGCGGGGGGUUACGAUGGAGCUUCCUGUCUCAAUAGUGCGGAGAGGUACGACCCUCUGACCAGUACAUGGACCUCAAUCGCUGCUAUGAGCACUCGUAGGAGAUAUGUUCGAGUAGCAACUCUGGAUGGCAGCUUGUAUGCGGUGGGAGGUUAUGACAGCUCCUCACAUCUCGCAACAGUGGAGAAAUAUGACCCCCAGAGCAACACGUGGACCGCCAUCGCCAACAUGUUGAGUCGACGCAGCAGUGCCGGGGUGGCCGUGCUCGACGGCAUGCUUUACGUCGCAGGAGGCAAUGAUGGCACCAGCUGCCUGAACUCAGUGGAGCGCUUCAACCCCAAGACCAACACCUGGGAAGGAGUUGCCGCCAUGAAUAUACGCAGGAGCACUCAUGACCUGGUGGCAAUGGAUGGCUGGUUAUACGCAGUGGGAGGCAAUGAUGGCAGCUCCAGUCUCAACUCCAUUGAAAAGUACAACCCACGCAGCAAUAAAUGGGUCGCAGCCUCCUGCAUGUUCACACGGCGCAGCAGCGUGGGUGUGGCUGUGCUGGAGCUCCUGAACUUCCCGCCACCUUCCUCGCCCACCCUCUCGGUUUCUUCCACCAGCCUUUGACACGGGGUCAUUGUUUGGCUGACCUCAGCCUCUGCUGCUACAGCCCAGACUGGCUCUGGGAAGAGACGCAACUGCUCUGUUUGAAACAAAGAAGAUGAGGAGGAAGAGCGCUGGUGGUUGGACAGGUAAAUGUGUGGAGGCGAGGGGAACAGAUGGGCUGAGGCCUCGGUGUAGUGUGCUUCAGAAUUAGUGGCAGUUUUGGUGAAGAUUAGUGCACCAGAAUUAAAAAACAAACAAACAUGCUGGUAAUGGAUUUAAAGAUCUAUGUUGUUUUCACUGAUUAUAGGAAACUGUACAGUAUUUCACAAGUAAAGCUUUUAUUAUAUCAACAAAAAGUCCUUUAAAAAAAUCAACAAAACUUUCAGUUUUGUGCAUUUGCAGCUUCAGAUACAUUCUUAGCCUCAUUGAUUAUAUUAAUUUGAGGUUGAAUGAACAAAAACUGGGCUUACUGCAUUGCAUGUUCUAAAUUUCCUCUAACAAUCUGGCUGUUUUCAAUAUUCCCCUUAAUUCUGGACUACACUAUAUCUGGCCUUAGUACCUCCACUGUAUAGCCAUAAAGAUACCGGCGCCCUCCCAUAUGUGAACAUUGACCAAUCGUUCUUCAAAGCCCCACUUUUAAAAAUAAAUAAAUAAAAAAAAUUUCCCACCGCUCUGGUGUUUGACACACCUAAAAACACGGUGGUCCCUUAAUUCUGUCGUGUGUGAUGUAAAUGUAUUUGGUUUGAUGUUGCGGUGUCGAUGCAAGGUUUUUCUUUGACACCCAGAGGUUUUGCAAUAAUGUAUUUAAAAAAAACAAAAGAGAGAGAGAGAAAAGCUGAAUGAUUUAUUUUGGAAUGUAGAUUUUUACUGGUUGUACCAUGCAUGUUUAUGUACUGGCACCAACAAGAUAGGAAAAAAUAUAUAUAUUGUAGUGCUGCUUUGCCACACUAGGUGGCAGUAACAGGCAAUGUUGUAAACCCUCACUGCAAGAGCGCAUGGACACCAACAGCAUAGAAAAGCUAGGCCCUCAAAACUGUAAAUGAGUUUGGAUCCAUUUUCUUUUUUUCUUU